UCAGUAUCUUGGGAGCUUCUUUGGUGUGCCACCCAAGCAAGAAAAAACAAUGGAGCUCUACCGAGAUCAGGGUUGUGAUGGCAUCGAGCUGCUUGACUGGCUGUUUGAUCAAAACGAUGGAAUUCUCCGUCAUGAGGAAACAGGCAACCAUCACACCUGGCCAAUGCAGGACCCAAUUAUGCUGCAGCCAGCCGAACAGGCAGACAAUGACUUCCUCAAUGCCCUCCUGAGUGGAAGUGAUUCUGUGUCGGGCUCGCCUCUGUGGUCCCCUUCUCCCAGUGACAGCGGGAUCAGCGAGGACCCUCCUUCAGACCAGAUGGACAGCCCUCAGCGCCCUGAGAGCCCCCAUGGGGACACUCAGUAUUUCGGUACGAGGCCACAAACUAAGGCAGCCCUGGAAGCCAACGUCUCCAUUGACAUCAAUGGCUGGGAGCCCGACUUCCCAACAGGCAGGACAAGGAUUACACAAUAUCCGUCUGAUAUACAUAGACCGCAGCUGUCCUCUGGCUUCCCGCUGACUGUAAAAGAUCUUCUUCUGUCUGGCACACCAGAGCCCACCCCACACCCAUCCCAACAGUCGAUCCAAGAGUUGAUUCUCAAUGAAGAUGAGAAGAAGCUUUUGGCUAAGGAGGGGGUGACUCUACCCAGCCAACUACCUCUUACAAAGUAUGAAGAAAGGAUUCUGAAGAAAAUACGCAGAAAGAUUCGCAAUAAGCAGUCGGCCCAGGAGAGCAGGAAAAAGAAGAAGGAGUAUAUUGAUGGACUGGAGAGCAGGAUGGCUGCCUGCAAUGCACACAACCAGGAGCUGCAGAGGAAAGUGUCCCAGCUGGAGAAAUGCAACAUGUCACUAAUGGAACAGUUGCGCAGGCUGCAGGCUCUGGUCAUGAAUACAUCUAACAAGACUGCACAGACUGGGACAUGUGUACUGGUACUCCUGCUGUCCUUCUCCCUAAUCCUGUUCCCCAGCCUCAAGCCCUUCUCUGACACCAAGGUCAGCCAAGGAGACUUCAGUCCAGUCAGAAUCCAGUCACGGUCCCUGCAGAACCUUCAAGCUUCCCGUGUGCUGCAUGUCACUGAUCCCCCCUUCUCUGCUGAGGAUGAAUCAGAGUCGCUGCACCGGCAUUUCUCAGGAGACCGAGGAUUGGAAGAUAUUACCGCACUGAUGGGAAAACUGAGAGUGAACCAAGACCGGUCCAGUUUGGAGACCAUGUCUCUAAACAGCAGUGAGGAAGAAAGGAUGGGUCAUUUCCACGUAGACCCAAUUACUGGUCACAUAGCUUCUUUGACCUUGGACCCCCAGCGCUCUACCAGGCUGCAACCACAUGCUGAUGACAUGUAAAAGAAAUGAAUAAAUUGUUCCCACAUGAAUUCCCCAAACUGUUCCCUCCAAAUGGUAGGGCAGGAAAUGAUCUGGGGCUGCUGUUUACAUGGGCAGGGAAAUUAGGUUUUGAUAAUUUUUUGCCUUUAAUAUAUAUGAUGUCUGUAUUCCUUUUCCUUAUUUGUGAUACUGUUUUAUAUCAGUACAUGUUUUUGAAUCUUACACUGAAAUUGCCUGUCAAGAAACUGUCAAGUUUGCCUCCUUUGCUUUGAUUUUUAAAAAAUGCCAGUGUAAAUUAGUGCAUUUGAAACUGUCAUAAACUGGGUAAAUAGAGUUGGGAUGAUGUGUACAGUUUUGAUCUGACAAUAUAAUUUGUGAAAUGUUAAAGGGUUUUUGA